GUUUUUAUUUUAUGAAGAGGGCGAUGCUGAUUUUAUUCAUGGUACAUUUCAAAUUGGACUAGAGGAAUUAUCACUUUUAAUUAGUUUAACACUGAUCAACUUGCAUAAUGGGUAAGAAGAAAAGGUCAAAUAUUUCUUCAGUAGAUAAACAAGGACUAGGGGUUGAUAAACAGAUAGUUUCUUCUGAACCUGGUGGACAGGACUGUGAACAAGACAGUGCAAGCGGAGAAAAAACUCCUGUCUUUAAGGACCCAAAUUAUCUGGCUGGAAAAUCUAAUGGUAAAAAGCCCAGAGUAUGGAAAAGCCUUAAGCAGAUUAUAGCAAUAGAAAGAGCUACCUACCUGCAAAAUGUAGUCACAUAUUCAAGCUUAGACGCUGCACCUUCAAGGAAGCCUUUAAAGAAAUACUCUGAUAUUAGUGGCCUACCAGGAAUUUACACCGAUCCUCAGACGAAGCUAAGAUAUUUUAAUGCAGAAGAAUUUACCAGAAUACGGAUGUUAUCUCCAGAUCUUGUAAAUGGUUACCUCACUUUACGGAAAGCAAACAUUCCAUGAAGAACAGUGGAAGAGGUUUUGGUUGAAUUUUCUAAAUGGGGGAAAAGAAUACUGGUUGAUGAUGUGAGAGGUUUACUUUUUUCAACAGUGAAGACACGGUAUGGGUGUUGUAACUGCCGACGGGGUAGUAACGUACAUCUCAACACAAGAAAAGCUCGUAGAAGCUCAUUGUACAUGAUCAACACUGGAAAAUGUUGUCAAAGAACAUAAGGAAAAAAUAAUUGUUAAUUAAGAUAUGACUAACUUGUUUAAAUUUAAUAAAUAAUUAGAAGUCAAAUCUAUCUCACGCUAGCUGAAUUCUUAGAAAUAGUGUUAUAUCAUAAUUAAAAGUUUGAAAUAUGAAGAUUGUUCGUAUAAGCAGUUUGAGUAAAUAGGGUUAAUCUUUAUCUUUAA